CUUCAGUCGGCGCGCAGGCGACGUGGACACCGGACGGGCCUCCCGGAGCGCGGGGUCCCGCGGCCAACUCCAAGGGGAGCCGGAGCGCGCCGACCCGCUGGACUGCACGCGGCGGACGGCAGGCCCGCGGAGCCGGGCGCGGUGAGCUGACUGCUCCGCCCCGGCGACCCCCCGACAGGCUCGGCUCCCACCCCAGCCCCGCGCCGGCGAGGCUGCCGGGCGUCGGAGCUACUCCGGGCUGCCCCCGCCGCCUCCUCCCUCACCCGGCCUCGGGCCUCGGGAAGUUUCCCGCGGAAACGAAAGCGAAUCCUUCGGGUUACGCAGGCGUCCCAGGCCGGGCCUCCUCCCCCGCCCUUCGGAAGGGUCUUUGACUGGGGGGCUGGGGUCGCCGCGAAUUGCGAAGCAGUCAGAAGUGUUUCCGCGUCGUCUUAGACGUGUGCUGGCAAGUGGGAAAGAAGGGUUAACGGCGACGAAGGGGAGGAUGCUGUCACCCUAGGAGGCGUCUUCUGUUCGGUGGGCACAGCUCUGAGGGGAAUAAAAAGUUGUGUAUUUUUUGGGCAUUCUGAGCACUCAGAAGGAAACCAGACAUGUCCUUGGAUGACAUUAAGAUGAACUCCGCUGACUUCCUGCUGCAGAAGGAUCUGGACGGCGGGGGCUUCGGGAAGGUGUCUCUGUGUUUACACAGAUCCCAUGGGCUCGUGGUGCUGAAGAAGGUGUACACGGGCCCCAGGCGCGCCGAGUACAGCGAGGCCCUCCUGGAGGAGGGCAGGGUGAUGCACAGGCUGCGGCACAGCCGCGUGGUCCAGCUGCUGGGCGUCAUCAUGGAGGACGGGAACUACUCGCUGGUGAUGGAGUACCUGGAGAAGGGCGACCUCAUGCACGUGCUCAAGGCCCAGAUCAGUAUCCCUCUCUCUGUGAAAGGAAGGAUAAUUAUGGAGACCAUUGAAGGAAUGUGCUACUUACACAGAGAAGGUGUAAUACACAAGGACCUCAAGCCUGAAAAUAUCCUCAUGGAUGGUGACUUUCACGUUAAGAUAGCUGACCUUGGCUUUGCCUCCCUUAAGACGUGGAGUGAGCUGAUGAGAGAGGAGCUUACUGCGCAGAGGAGAGGGAACAGCACCACAAAGGACGGUGGCAGCCUCCACUACACGGCCCCCGAGCACCUGAACGACGUCAGCUCGAGGCCCUCGGAGAAGUCGGACGUGUUCAGCUUCGCCAUAGUGCUCUGGGCCAUCUUUGCCAAUAAGGAGCCGUAUGAAAACGCUAUCUGUGAGCAGCAGGUGAUAAUGCGCGUUAAAUCUGGGGACAGGCCAGAUGUGGAGGACCUCGCUGAGCACUGCCCGCGGGAGGCUAUCAGCAUCAUGAAGCAGUGCUGGGCGGUGGAUCCAGACGAUCGGCCGACGUUUGCCGGCAUUGAAGAGAAAUUUAAGCCGUUUUAUUUAAAUCAAUUAGAAGGACAUGUAGAAGAGGAUGUGAAGAGUUUAAAGAAAGAGUAUCCGGGCCAAAAUGAAAUUGUAAAGAGAAUGAAGUCUCUCCAAAUUGAUUGUGUAGCAAUACCUCCAAGCAGGUCAAAUUCAGCCACAGAACAGCCCAGUUCGCUGCACAGUUCACGGGGCUUCGGGCUGGGCCCUGUGGAGGACUCCUGGUUCGCUCCUGCCCCAGAGCAGCAGCAGCAGGACCUCCGACUGCACAGUAAACUCCAGGAGGAGGCCAACUACCAUCUGUACGGCAGCCGCAUGGACGGGCACACCGGAGGGCAGCCCGGGCGCAACGUGGCUGACAGUAGACAGGAAGAGAGGAGACGGAGGGUCUCCCAUGACCCUUUUGCACAGCAGAGACCUUCUGAGAAUGCUCAGAACCCAGGGCUAAAAGGCCUUGCUUACUCCGGUGCAGCCAGUCAUGGUAAUGCGGUACAGCAACCAACAGGGCUAACCAGCCAACCCCAGUUACUCUCCUGGAGAAAUGGAUUGUGUACCCCACUCGGUUUUGGAGCAAGUCCAGUGGACCUGAGAACCGCAGGUCCAGGAGUUUGGUAUGGGCCAAAUCCAGGCCACAUGCCAAGCCUGUAUAAAACGCCAGUGCCUGAGACCAACCUACUGGGAAACACACCCACCAUUCCAUUCAGCUCCUUGCCAUCAAGAGAUGAGUCUUUAAAAUAUAGCAUAUACAACAGUUCUGGCAUUCAGAUUGGAAACAAUAAUUAUAUGGAGAUUGGCGGAAUGAGUUCAGUGGUACUGGACAGCACGCACAUGAACUUGAAAGAAGGCCCAGCUUCUAAGUACCAAGAUAUCUUCGAUAAUACCACUAGUCUGACUGAUAGACACCUGGACCCAGUCAGAGAAAAUCUGGGCAAGCACUGGAAAAACUUUGCCCGUAAGCUGGGCUUCUCUCAAUCUCAGAUUGAUGAAAUUGACCAUGACUAUGAGCGAGAUGGACUGAAAGAAAAGGUUUACCAGAUGCUCCAGAAGUGGCUGAUGAGGGAAGGCAGCAAGGGGGCCACCGUGGGAAGGCUGGCCUAUGCGCUCUACGAGUGUUCCAGGGUAGACCUGCUGAACUGCUUGAUAUGCAUGAGCCAGAACUAAGCCCACAGGGGCUCCUGCAGCAUGAGGCCAUCUCCUCACUCGGUGAGCGACCCACCGAAAGCCUGCUGCCUCAGAAGGUUCAGAAUUCUUUCCUCACUGAUGUGGGUCCUGUGCGUAAAAAUCAUUUCCUGCCUUUCAUAGCUGCAGGAUGGGAAAAGAAAUCUACAGCAAACAACCCACUACACAGGAAGACCUAUUCAUGGCCAAGGUCCAAUCAAAAAAGAAGCCUAAUAGUGUUUUGAAAGGGAGAGAGAUUUAAGGGAGAUCAUUUUCUUUCAGAUUAUUCCAUAACCUUCAGUGAUGCUGUUCAUUCAGUUUCUUGAAAUUUUGCUUGAUCAAGGAAAAAACAAAAAAAUUCAGAGAAUAUAAACUAAAUCAGCUUCCUAAUUCUGCACUGUCUUCUCUACAUAGGCUCCUGUUAUAAUCGAAGCGCUGUAAAAUGCUGCGUUCUCGUCAAAUGGGAUUUUUUUGUAUCACAACCACAGUUCAUUCCAAAAUUACAGGGUCUCUUAACGUCAGGAUCAAAUUCUGUAUCAGUCACUACAGGCUUCAGGAAUUAUAUGCCGUCUGCACUCUGUAAAUUAACGGAAGCGAUUUUAAGGAGUACAAACAAGGGGGGGAAAUAGAGAACAAAAAUAGCAGACUUUCCCCGGCUGUCGUUGCGCAGAAUUGCUACUAAUUCUGACGAGUACGAAGGUUCUUCCCUAGCAUUCUGACACUUCAGGUACCUUUUCCAACCUGCGUGCCCUGAAGAAGGAGCAGGCGUGCUGGGAGUACUGACCGCGUCACCCCGGCGACGACUGGAGCCUCAGGGCGGAUCAGUGUUGAGCAGCUUCCUCAGUUUACCCCGGGGUGCUGUAGCAAUAGCUUCAUUUUUUCCUGUGAGCUGGGCUGUGCAAGGACCGGUUCCGCGCCUGCUCCUUGUGCCUGUAGCAGUCAGCCUCUCAAAGCCCACCUGAAACCAGGAAGGAGUGAAGGCACUCGAGGGCUAGGAGACUGACGUGACCAGGCCACCCAGCAUCACUGCCCGCCCUCUGCCCGGCAGAGCAGGUGUGCCAGUGUGCUCAGCCCUCCCGGGAGGGAGGCGCUCAGGGUGCGGUAAGGUCAUCUGGCUGCCAGAACAGAUCCCAGCGUUUGGUGGGUUCAUAACAGUAUUGUUGGCUCUGAUUCUAAAUCUCCUCCAGUCCCAGCAGAUACACACACACACACACACACACACACACACACACACACACACACACCACUGAAGUGGUACUG